AUGAAUCCCAGGUCUAGCUUUGCUGCGUCGGACACGACCUACCACAGCUUCCACGACAUCGAGUUGCAAGAACCGCCCUCGCCUCCACGCCCAAGAAGCCCUCUUGGUGCGAGUGCGCCGGCAGCAGACGGCGCGACUCCAUCCAGUCAGCAAGAGCAGGAACCUCUCCGCACGACAGCCAAGAUGCAGCGCCGCGACUCAGGGUACGAGUCUCACCAGUCCGGGUCGGCACGAAACUCGAUCCUCUCCGGCCCCCCGCUCACAAAAGCAACGCGCGCUCGCCUUCACUCUCGCCCUCGGUCAUCCACACGGAAAUCUGCCAAACCCCAUCUGCACUCACGCGCCAGCAGCAGCGCCAGCAGCAGCACCAGCACCACCCGGAGCCGGAGUCGGAGUCGUAUCCGGAGCCAAAACGCUCCCUCUCCCGCGGGCUACGUCCAGUUCCCGACCCCAGACCUCGUCGAGCUUACCGAGACAUCACCACCAGCCGAUCCCUCACCUCACCUGCCGCCGCCGCCCACGAUUCACUACUGGACGAGCGACAGCACCCGCCGACUGGAGUACGCCGCCAUCGACGCCGCCAGCCGCGGUGUCAAGGGCUGGAUCAGGAGACACCUCGUCCCGGACUGCUUCACCCCACGACAUGUGGCGUUUGACGAUGACUCUGGCAGCGUGCGUCGCUACAGGCUGGAGCUGCAAGACGAACAAGACGAAAAGGUUUGCCGUGGGGACACACGACGCCGCAAGGGGUGGCGCUUUUUCUCCCUGCGGAAAAGCAGAACCAUUUGA